AUGAAUUCACUCCUUGGAACGAAACAAGGACUAAUGCAUGAGCCGUUGGACUUAACUAGAGACAUCCCAGUACUCAUGUUGAGUCUCAUGGACCAUGAAAUAGAUUCCAUCAAACAUGGACGACAGCUUGAUGAGGGUGAUUUACCAGUGCCAGAUGUCAUAACCAUAGGUCUUCAGCAACUCACAGACGCAACAAACAACCCAAUUGAGGAGUACAAUAAAGUCUUUAAAAGACUUCAGGCUCGUCGGCAAUUACAGCCAGUCAUAGGACCUGGAAGCGCACAGCCUAUGUCUGCACCAGUUACAGAUACUGAAGCAACGACGACACCAGUUAUGAAUGACUUACCAGGAGAAUCCAGUACAGUGGUUAACGAGGGAAUUGCAGGAGAUGGGGACGCUGUUAAGCACUUUAUCGUAACAGACGCAGAUAUGGAGGAAGAGGAGGAAGAGGGAGAUUUUGAGCACUCAGCCAGGGAAGAUGAGAGAGAAGAGACACUCACACUUGAAGGGCCAGAGGAUAUUUCGCUUGAUAUGGAUACAGAGGAUAUGGGUGGUGUCAACAUAUACGAGGAAAGCAAAGAAGAAGAUGAGACAGAUAUUGAUAUUGACACAGAUACCGGUUCCAGUUAUUGUGAAAUGUAA